CGGCGGGGCCACCAGCGCGGCCAUUCGGCGGCUGGUAGCCGGGCGGAGAGGGUGGAAGUGAGAAAGAGAGAGGACCGGAACCGGGAGUGAGCAGGAGGGGGGAGUUACCGCGGCGAGACCCACUCUGUAGAGUCCGGAGAAGAAGUUUCCCGGAGGCGGACGAUGGAGCAGCAAGAGGCGGCGGCCAAUGGCCAGGAGGACGGGGAGAUGCCGGCUACUGAGAAAGACCUGGCGGAGGACGCUCCUUGGAAGAAGAUCCAGCAGAACACGUUCACCCGCUGGUGUAACGAGCACCUCAAGUGUGUGAACAAGAGGAUCGGGGACCUGCAGAAGGACCUGAGCGAUGGCCUGAAGUUGAUCGGAUUGUUGGAGGUGCUCAGCCAGAAGAAGAUGUACAGGAAGUACCACUCGCGGCCCAACUUUCGCCAGAUGAAGCUGGAGAAUGUGUCUGUGGCGCUGGAGUUCCUGGAAAGAGAGAGGAUUAAACUGGUCUCCAUCGACAGUAAGGCUAUUGUGGAUGGGAACUUGAAGCUGAUCUUGGGCCUGAUUUGGACACUCAUCCUCCAUUACUCCAUCUCCAUGCCCAUGUGGGAGGAUGAGGAUGAUGAAGAUAUCAAGAAGCAGACUCCCAAACAGAGGCUGUUGGGGUGGAUUCAGAACAAGAUUCCACAACUUCCAAUCACCAACUUUAACCGGGAUUGGCAGGAUGGCAAGGCGUUGGGGGCAUUAGUGGACAACUGCGCCCCAGGUCUGUGCCCUGACUGGUUGGACUGGGACCCAAACCAACCUGUGGACAAUGCCAGGGAGGCCAUGCAGCAGGCUGAUGACUGGCUGGGAGUCCCUCAGGUGAUUGCUCCUGAAGAGAUUGUGGACCCCAAUGUAGACGAACACUCGGUGAUGACCUACCUUUCCCAGUUCCCCAAAGCAAAGCUCAAACCUGGUGCUCCCCUCAGGACCAAAAUCAACCCCAAGAAAGCUCGUGCUUAUGGACCAGGAAUUGAACCCCAGGGUAACAUGGUCUUAAAACCAGCAGAGUUCACUGUGGAGACGAUUGAUGCCGGUCUUGGGGAGGUUCUAGUCUACGUGGAGGACCCUGAAGGUCAUACUGAAGAGGCGAGAGUGGUCGCAAACAAUGACAAGAAACGUACAUAUUCAGUGUCCUAUAUACCCAAAGUUGCUGGACUGCACAAGGUAACGGUAUUGUUUGCUGGGCAGCAGAUUGACAAAAGUCCUUUCAAUGUUCAAGUUGGCAUGGCACUGGGUGAUGCCAAUAAAGUGACUGCCCGAGGGCCUGGCCUGGAACUGAACGGGAAUGUGGCCAAUAAGCCGACGUACUUUGACAUUUACACUGCAGGUGCUGGAUCAGGAGAUGUCGGGGUUGUUAUUGUCGAUCCCCAGGGUCGACGGGACACGGUGGAGGUAAUUCUGGAGGACAAAGGUGACAGUGUUAUGCGCUGCACCUACAGGCCCCUGCUUGAAGGCCGUCACACCAUCUAUGUAACGUUUGCUGGGGCCCAGAUACCCAAGAGCCCUUUCACUGUCAACAUCUCAGAAGGAGCCCCCUCUCCGAUCCCGGUUGCUGCUCCAGUUCCGAUUACGAUCGUUCCUCAGUCCAUUCGCACCCCGCCAGCAGACAAGGCAAAGAAAGCUCCACCCCCACCUCCCAAACCCAAACGACCACCGUGCAACCCGAAUGCGUGUCGAGCCUCUGGGAGAGGGCUGCAGCCCAAAGGGGUGCGAGUGAAGGAGGUGACAGACUUCAAGGUCUUCACUAAAGGAGCAGGAACUGGAGAGCUGAAGGUCGUCAUCAAAGGACCCAAGGGCACAGAGGAGCCUGUCAAGGUUCGUGAUGUUGGAGAUGGUGUCUACGAAUGUGAAUAUCACCCAAUGAUUAGUGGAAAGUAUGUGGUGACCAUCACUUGGGGCGGUUAUGCUAUUCCCAGGAGUCCAUUUGAGGUGGAGGUUGGACCAGAAGCUGGGGCUCAGAAAGUGCGAGCCUGGGGACCAGGCCUGGAGACUGGGGUCGUGGGCAAGUCAGCUGAUUUUGUUGUUGAAGCGAUUGGAACCGAAGUUGGGACACUAGGGUUCUCCAUCGAAGGGCCCUCUCAAGCUAAGAUUGAAUGUGACGAUAAAGGUGAUGGGUCUUGUGAUGUGCGGUACUGGCCCACUGAGCCUGGUGAUUAUGCUGUUCAUGUGAUCUGUGACGAUGAAGACAUUAAGGACAGUCCCUACAUGGCUCACAUCCUCCCUGCAAACAAUGAAUGUUUCCCAGAGAAGGUGAAAGCUUUUGGCCCAGGUUUGGAGCCGACAGGCUGCAUUGUGAACAAACCAGCUGAAUUUACUAUUGAUGCACGGGCAGCAGGCAAGGGUGAACUGAAGAUCUACGCGCAGGAUGCGGAAGGCAUUCCUAUUGACAUCCAGAUCAAGGACAACCGAGACAACACGUUCAAGUGUGUGUACGUGCCCCGGAAACCCAUCAAACACACCAUCAUCAUCAGCUGGGGUGGUGUCAAUAUCCCCAACAGUCCUUUCAGGGUAUCAGUGGGUGAGGGUUGUCACCCACAGAAAGUGAAAGUCUACGGACCAGGUGUGGAGAAAACUGGACUCAAGGCUAAUGAGCCCACGUAUUUCACUGUGGAUUGUAGUGAGGCUGGACAAGGUGAUGUGAGCAUUGGCAUUAAGUGUGCCCCAGGAGUCGUGGGACCUGCUGAGGCUGACAUUGAUUUUGACAUCAUUAAGAACGACAAUGACACUUUCACUGUGAAGUACACGCCUCCUGGACCAGGACGCUAUACCAUCAUGGUGCUAUUUGCUGACCAGGAAAUUCCUAUCAGCCCAUUCCGUAUUAAGGUGGAGCCAUCACAUGAUGCUGGAAAGGUCAAGGCUGAAGGCCCUGGGUUGAGUCGGACUGGUGUUGAGGUUGGCAAACCCACUCACUUCACCGUCUACACAAAGGGAGCUGGCAAGGCCGCACUGGACGUCCAGUUCACUGGAGCGGCGAAAGGAGAGGCUGUCCGAGACUUUGAGAUCAUCGAUAACCAUGACUACUCAUACACCGUGAAAUACACAGCUGUGCAACAGGGUAACUUGCUGGUGGCAGUGACUUAUGGAGGUGACCAGGUUCCCAAGAGUCCAUUUACUGUCAGUGUGGCUCCACCUCUCGAUCUGAACAAGGUUAAAGUGCAGGGACUCAACAACAAAGUUGAUGUUGGGAAGGAUCAGGAAUUCAGUGUUAACACUCGAGGUGCAGGGGGUCAGGGCAAGGUUGAUGUGAAAAUCACCUCUCCUUCCCGCCGACCUAUCCCUUGCAAAGUGGAAACCGGUUCUACCAAUGACAUUCAUUCAGUGAAGUACAUGCCACCUGAGGAGGGGCCUUACAAAGUGGACAUCAGUUACGAUGGACACCCAGUACCUGGAAGCCCUUUCACAGUGGAGGGAAUCAUGCCCCCGGACCCCACCAAGGUUCGGGCCUAUGGGCCAGGCCUCAAAGGUGGUGUAGUUGGAAAAGCAGCUCCCUUUGCCAUUGACACUAAGGGUGCUGGCACUGGUGGACUUGGUCUGACUGUAGAAGGUCCUUGUGAAGCAAAGAUUGAGUGCCAAGAUAAUGGUGAUGGUUCCUGCUCUGUCUCGUACCUCCCAACAGAACCUGGUGAAUAUACGGUCAAUAUUCUGUUUGCUGAGGCCCACAUCCCAGGAUCCCCCUUCAAAGCAGACAUCAAGCCUCUCUUUGACCCCAGCAAGGUCACAGCCAGUGGCCCAGGGCUGGAACGCGGUAAAGUGGGCGAAGCAGCGACGUUCACUGUCGAUUGUUCCAAGGCAGGGGAUGCUGAGCUGACAAUUGAGAUCAUUUCUGAAUCUGGUGCCAAAGCUGAAGUUCACAUUCAGAACAACAGUGAUGGGACUUUUGGCAUCACCUACAUUCCACCGUUCCCUGGCAUGUACACCAUAACCAUCAAGUACGGUGGGCAUGCAGUGCCCAAAUUUCCAGCCCGUGUCAGGGUCGAUCCAGCCAUUGACACCACAGGGAUGAAAGUGUUCGGACCAGGAGUUGAGCCUCGUGGAGUCCUCCGGGAGGUUACCACUGAGUUCACUGUAGAUUCUCGGUCUCUUAACAAGACUGGUGGGAACCACAUCAAAGUUCGUAUUGCCAAUCCAUCUGGUGCCAUGACUGACAGCUACAUCAAGGACAACGGAGACGGAACAUACCACGUGGAGUACACUGCCUAUGAAGAUGGAGUGCAUGUGAUCGAAGUACUCUAUGACGAUGUCCCGCUUCCCAAGAGUCCAUUCAGAGUUGGAGUCACUGAAGGAUGUGAUCCAACCCGUGUUCGGGCUUAUGGGCCAGGUCUGGAGGGAGGCCUAGUCAACAAGCCCAACCGAUUCACUGUGGAAACCAGGGGAGCAGGUACUGGAGGCCUUGGGCUGGCCAUUGAGGGGCCUUCAGAGGCUAAGAUGUCCUGCAAGGACAACAAGGAUGGCAGCUGCAGUGUUGAGUACAUCCCCUUCACCCCUGGAGAUUACGAUGUCAACAUUACAUUUGGAGGGCAUCCUAUUCCAGGAAGUGCAUUCCGCGUGCCAGUCAAAGAGCUGGUAGACCCGAGCAAGGUGAAGUGCUCCGGCCCUGGGCUGGGCACUGGGGUACGGGCACACGUACCCCAGACUUUCACUGUUGAUUGUAGCAAGGCUGGGCUGGCACCGCUCAAGGUGCUGAUCCUUGGACCUACAGGUGUAUCUGAGCCUGCGAAGGUUAUUGAUAAUGGCAACGGGACCCACACUGUUCACUACACGCCCGCCACGGAUGGGCCCUUCACUGUGUCUGUCAAAUAUGCAGACCAGGAGGUUCCUCGCAGUCCCUUCAAGAUUAAGGUUCUGCCGGCCCAUGAUGCCAGCAAAGUGCGAGCGAGUGGGCCAGGACUUAAUGCCUCUGGAGUGCCUGCUAGUCUCCCUGUUGAGUUCACCAUUGAUGCAAGAGAUGCUGGAGAGGGACUGCUUACUGUGCAGAUCAUUGAUCCUGAGGGAAAACCGAAAAAGGCUAAUAUCCGUGAUAAUGGAGACGGAACAUACACCGUGUCCUACCUUCCUGAUAUGACUGGACACUACACCAUCACCAUCAAAUACGGAGGUGACGAAAUACCUUACUCACCAUAUCGUAUCCAUGCUGUGCCAACUGGAGAUGCCAGCAAAUGUCUGGUCACAGUGUCGAUCGCCGGCCAUGGACUAGCGGCAGGACUGGGUCCCACCAUCCAGAUUGGCCAGCAGACUGUCAUCACUGUGGACGCUAAGGCUGCCGGCAAAGGGAAGGUCACGUGCAAGGUCUCGACCCCUGAUGGAGCUGAGCUGGAUGUUGAUGUGGUGGAGAAUCGAGAUGGGACUUUCGACAUCUAUUACACUGCACCAGAACCUGGCAAAUACGUCAUCACCAUCCGCUUUGGUGGUGAACUUAUACCAAAUAGCCCCUUCCACGUGGUGGCCUGUGAUGCCAUCCCCACCAUUGAGGAGCCCUGUGAAACGUUGCAGCUACACCAGCCCUACGUGCCUUCCCAUGCUGGCUAUCCAACACUCUGGGCCACUGAGGAGUCAGCUGUCCCAGUUGAUGUCCUGGAUCAUGGUCUCCGGCCGUUCAACCUUGUCAUUCCGUUCACUGUGCAGAAAGGAGAAAUCACAGGUGAAGUCCGAAUGCCAUCUGGUAAAACUGGCCGCCCAAAUAUUACUGACAACAAGGAUGGAACCAUUACUGUGAAAUACGCUCCCAUCGAGAAGGGACUCCACGAGAUGGACAUCAAAUACGAUGGCAACCACAUCCCAGGUAGCCCACUGCAGUUUUAUGUGGAUGCCAUCAACAGUCGUCAUGUGACUGCUUUUGGGCCUGGUCUGAGCCAUGGAAUGGUGAAUAAACCUGCAACGUUCACCAUAGUCACCAAGGAUGCUGGUGAAGGUGGACUCUCCCUUGCUGUGGAAGGUCCCUCUAAAGCUGAGAUCACAUGCAAGGACAAUAAAGAUGGCACUUGCACUGUGUCAUACCUGCCCACUGCCCCUGGAGAUUACAACAUCAUUGUUCGUUUUGAUGACAAGCACAUUGCAGGGAGUCCCUUCACUGCUAAGAUCACAGGUGAUGACUCUAUGAGAACGUCGCAACUCAAUGUCGGCACAUCCACUGAGGUCUCACUGAAGAUCACGGAGACUGACCUUAACCUACUCAAUGCCAGCAUCAAAGCUCCGUCGGGUAAUGAGGAGCCCUGCUUGCUCAAGAGGCUGCCCAACAGGCAUAUUGGCAUCUCAUUCACCCCAAAGGAGGUAGGAGAACAUGUGGUGAGCGUGAAGAAGAACAGCCGGCAUGUUACAAACAGCCCCUUCAAGAUCAUGGUCGGGGCCUCUGAGAUUGGCGAUGCCAGCAAAGUGAAGGUUUCUGGGAAGGGCCUGGUGGAGGGUCAAACAUUUGAGGUUUCUGAAUUCAUCGUGGACACGCGUGGUGCAGGCUAUGGAGGACUUGGUCUGUCCAUUGAGGGUCCCAGCAAAGUUGACAUUAAUUGUGAGGAUCUGGAGGAUGGAACAUGCAAAGUGACCUACUGUCCAACUGAACCAGGCAACUACAUCAUCAACAUUAAGUUUGCUGACCACCAUGUGCCAGGAAGUCCCUUUACAGUGAAGGUGACUGGUGAAGGAAGGAUUAAGGAGAGUAUCACAAGGCGACGCCAGGCUCCCUCUAUUGCCACAGUCGGCAGCACCUGUGACCUCAACUUGAAGAUACCAGGAAACUGGUUUCAAAUGGUAUCUGCUCAGGAACGUUUGACACGGACCUUUACCCGCAGUAGCCAUACCUACACACGCACGGAGCGCACAGAGAUCAGUAAAACUCGGGGCGGAGAGACUAAACGAGAGGUGCGAGUGGAGGAGUCCACGCAGGUCGGAGGGGAUCCUUUCCAUAAUGUCUUUGGCGAGUUCCUGGGCCGGGACAGCCUGGGUUCUUUCACCAACAUCCCCCGGGCCGAAGUGGAGGUUGGGGCUAAGGAGAUGACUGCACAAGUAACCAGCCCGUCUGGGAAGAUUGAUGAAGCAGAGAUCAUCGAAGGCGAUGACAGCACGUACAGUGUGCGCUUUGUACCACAGGAGAUGGGCUCCCACACUGUCAAUGUCAAAUACCGUGGCCAACAUGUGCCUGGUAGCCCCUUCCAGUUCACAGUGGGGCCUCUGGGCGAGGGAGGCUCCCAUAAGGUUCGUGCUGGUGGUCCUGGUUUGGAGCGGGGAGUUGCUGCCGUGGCUGCGGAGUUCAGUAUCUGGACCCGUGAGGCGGGAGCUGGAGGCCUUUCCAUUGCUGUGGAAGGCCCAAGCAAAGCUGAGAUCUCAUUUGAGGAUCGCAAGGAUGGAUCGUGUGGAGUUUCCUACAUUGUACAAGAACCUGGUGACUAUGAAGUAUCCAUCAAGUUCAAUGAUGAGCAUAUUCCUGACUCGCCGUUUGUUGUUCCAAUUGCCUCUCCCUCUGACGCUGCACGUAGACUCACUGUCACAAGUCUCCAGGAAUCCGGAUUAAAAGUUAAUCAACAGGCCUCGUUCGCAGUUCAGCUGAAUGGUGCAAGAGGGGUCAUUGACGCCAAAGUGCGGACUCCAUCGGGCUCUGUCGAGGAAUGUUAUGUGUCCGAGGUGGAUGCUGAUAACUUUGCAAUCCACUUCAUUCCACGGGAAAAUGGUGUCCACUCCAUAGAUGUGAAGUUCAACUCCAGCCACAUCCCAGGCAGCCCCUUCAGGAUCCGAGUAGGAGAGCCAGGCCAAACUGGAGAUCCCGGUCUGGUCUCGGCCUAUGGCCCAGGCCUGGAAGGAGGAGUCACAGGGGUCCCCUCUGAGUUUAUUGUCAAUACGUGUGAUGCCGGGGCUGGUGCACUGUCAGUCACCAUCGAUGGCCCAUCCAAAGUGAAGAUGGACUGUCAGGACUGUUCUGAGGGUUAUAAGGUCACCUAUACCCCCAUGGCUCCUGGAAACUACCUGAUCUCCAUCAAAUACGGUGGCCCUCAGCAUAUCGUUGGGAGUCCAUUCAAAGCCAAGGUGACAGGUGUCCGCCUCUCUGGGGGUCACAGUUUACACGAGACAUCUACUGUUCUGGUUGAAACAGUCACCAAGUCGGCCACAGUUGGCAGAUACGGAGCAAUGCCCAAAUUUGCAUCGGAUGCCAGCAAGGUGGUAGCUCGAGGACCCGGCCUGUCCAAGGCUUUCAUUGGGCAGAAGAAUAACUUCACCGUAGACUGCAGCAAAGCAGGAACCAACAUGUUGAUGGUGGGAGUUCAUGGUCCGAAGACUCCAUGUGAAGAGGUGUAUGUGAAACAUAUAGGGAGCCGGGUUUACAAUGUCACAUACACGGUCAAGGAGAAGGGUGACUACAUACUGAUUGUGAAGUGGGGAGACGAGAGUGUGCCAGGCAGUCCUUUCCAUGCCACUGUCCCCUGAGCGGCUGAUCAACUAACAGUCUUCAUUCACAUCUCCAGAGGAUCCAAACUGUCAAAUUCACAAACCUUUAACUUUAAAACCAAAGACACCUUUUUUUUUUUCUUCCCCUCCUUACUCCUCUCCUCAAGUGAGGGAGUCUUUGGUCAAAAGCUGCAUACCAAAUGAAUUUGAAAACUGCCUGAAUUUGCCAUAAUGGUUUGUAAUUCCUUCUCUCCCUUUUUUAAGGCUCCCUAGUAACUAAAAGCUGUUGAAAUAUUUUUGUAUGUUUUUUUUUUUGUUUGGAGGGUGUUUAACAGGGUCAGUACUUGAUGUAGUCUGUCUCUGCACCAACCCCCCCCCCCCCCCCCCCCCCCCAACCUUUCGGUGCUCUGGCCCUAGGCUGGCCUAUCUCAAUCCCUUGUGGGUAGAGAAUAGGCGCAUCACCUGUACACUGACUUUUGGCUCUUCCUCUGACAAGAAACUCUAAGUUGGCAGAGCACGUUGAGGUUUUGGUUUUUUAAAGUUGGCUGCCUGCUCCCUAGUCUUGGGCCAGUGUGUGGUGUUGCAGUACUUGGAGGGGAUGAGCCACCAGAUAGUGUCUCCACCCUGGCCUUGUGCUGCAGCUCUGUGUAGCUACAGGAUUUGCCUCAGGACCUCGGAUGUUUGGUCCCCAGAAAUAAUCAGUCAACACUCUGCCCUCUCUCUCUCUUUCUCCCUUCCCUCUGUUCUUCCUGUUCACUUGAUGGUCAGUCCUCUGUCCCUGACCUCUUGACCUGCACUGACACAGUUUGGAGGAAGGCAAUUAAUUGUUGGACUGCUGUGCUCAUGGAAAUGAGCCUGACCGUGUGAUGGUGAUGACACGUGGGGGUGCCCUUGGGGAUGUGGGCAGCAGUGUCUGAAGUUGUCACACUGUCCAUUUCAAGAGAACAGUUUGUAUGAAAGUGUUAUACCCAUGUUUGGUACAGUUAUCCUAUUGGUUAAAAAAACUACAAAAUAAUAAAAUAUACCUGCUAACUUGCCACAA